AUGGAGACCCCAAUGCCGGAGCUGAGAGAUUCGGAGCCAGUGGGGAUGGGGCUCCAUGUCAACACGUCUCCCAUCCAGAAUGCCCUCUACAUCAUCUUGGUCCUGCUGGGUAUCGUGGGUAACGCCACGGUGGUUGGCGUGAUUAGUGAGAGUGUAUUCAAAGACCCCAGUGGAGGACGUAACUCAGACAUCAUCCUGCUAAACAUGGCCCUCUCCAAUCUGCUCCUGUCUUUCUUCAGGAACAUCCUGCUGGUCGUGUCUGACCUGGGGCUAGAGGUAAGGAGCUGACUGGGACAGGGGUCGGGCACUGUGGUAUGGGGUGCCAUGAAGAAUGAGGGCUGUAUGUGGGUGCUUGAGAGUAUGGGGAUUGUGUUUGGUUUGGGCUCUAAGUAAAAGGGUUUUGAUUUGGUAUUUGAGAUAUUGGAGGGAUGUGGGCUGGUCUUGAAGGAAUGGUACUUUAAAAUGCAAGGACUAGGGUGUGGUCUGUAACUAGAGAUAUGCUAUGUGAAUGAAAGCAAUCUGACAAUAUACCGUGGAAUACUUACUGAUAAGACCAUUGUUCAGGUUGUCACUAUUGUGUACACACACAUACAAAUUGACACCCAGCUCUCUCUCUAGCUGAUGUCUUCCAGAGACUGGUGUCACUUCCUGAUGGGGGUGUGGGUGUGGCUUCGCAUAGUCAACGUGUGGUCAACACUCUUCCUCAGUGUGUUCCAUUUCCAGACACUGAGGCGCGUGGCCCCUCCCUCACGGACUGUUCACGGGCUCCGCAGGCCCCCCAAGACCCUCCUGAUUAGCCUGGGCCUCAUCUGGUCUCUCAACCUGAUCUAUGCUAUACCUGCACAUAUCUACUCUACCAACGGGAACAAGAACAGCACAAAGGUAGGACCCUGAUAUAAUAGAAGCACAGAGGUAGACAAUAGGUGAUGUGUUUUAUUUUAAUUGUGGGAAACUGUAUAAAAAACCUUCUCUGCCUUCUCUCCCCCUCUCCUCUCAUUUCCUCUCCUAUCCUCGGUCUCCUCUACCCUCUUCCCGCUCCCCUCCAGACCCUGAUGUUGGUCAGCAGCACCACGCGCCCCCUGCUGGGCUGUGUGUGGAACUUCCCCUCCAGCUACGACAGCCUGGCCUACGCCACCGCCUCCAUGGUGAUCCACGAGAUCCUGCCUAUCAUCCUGAUGGCCAUCACCAACCUGGGCUCCCUCUACACGCUCUACACCCACGGCAGGACCCACAACCCCGCACACAUGACCCAGGACGCGCCCGUCAUCAAGAGGAUACCGGCUGAGAUACGGGCUGCCAAGGUGAGAGAGACUGGAGGGGAUUCAGGAUGAUGCCUUGUUAUGUGGCCUGCAGCCUGCUUAUUGUGGAUGGAAAGAAGUACGACACAUGCAAUGUGGACCUGUAACAUUGCUAUUGUCCUAAAAAAUAUAUUUAAAAAAUGUUUACCGAGGUGUUUAUGAUCCUGGUGUGUUUUCAAUAAACAGUUAUUAUAGACAAUGCGUGUGUAUAUUUUAUGACCGUCAUGCUAAGAGAGGAAGAAAACAGGUAAAUAGUUUCACAGUAUUUUCUUUCCUUGCCUUCCCUCUCUCUCCAGGUGAUUGUAGCCCUCACCAUCCUCUUCAUUGUGUCUUGGGGAAGCAGCAUCAUCUCUAUCAACAUCUUAAACUACAACCUAGGUUCAUCAGCCAGGUUUCUCCCGGUAAUAGCUCGCUUUGCCAACACCAUCUUCAUCGCCAUUUCACCCAUUGUGCUGGCAGUGGGUCACCGGCGGCUGCGUGCUGUCAUUAAGUAUUUUUUUACUCACUGA